AUGUAUUAUUAUCUUAAUAUUUUAUUAAAUAAGGAAAUAGGUCGUUUACCACAAAAUGCAUGGGUUCUAUUUCGUAAAGAUUAUGAAGCAAAACAGCGAUUACGAUUUCCGGAAAAGGCUUUGAAAAUGAAAAACAUUUCAACAGAUGCCGGGGAACAUUGGAGAAAUGAGUCGAUGAAAGUUAAACGAUUCUUUGAUAUUCUGUCAAAAUUGGCACACGAAAAACACAAAUCCAUUUAUCCUGCGUACAAGUACACACCAAAAAAAAAAACAGUAAAGGAUAAUAAUUCGGCGUUAAAAGAUUGGAUUUUUAAAGAUUAG